AUGGCCGUGACAGCGACCCCCAGCCAGGUCAAUGCAAUGAUGAUAACAGAAAGAGUCACUUCCAUAUUCUCUCUCCUCGGCAUUCUCUUCAUUCUGGCCACCUUCCUGCUGGGAAGAGGCUUCGAUAAACCAAUCAACCGGCUUUUCUUCUUCGCAUCAUUCAGUAACUUAGGCAUGAACAUCGCAGCCUUGAUUGCCGAAGAUGGCGUUUCUGCAGGCCAGAAUUCGUCGCUGUGCCAAUUCCAGGCUUUUGCUAUACAAUGGUUUCUCGGAGUGGAUACCCUCUGGGCUUUGUGCAUGGGCUUCAAUGUUUACCUCGCCUUGUUCCGUGGAUGGACCUCAGAGCGCAUGCGGAGACAAGAGUGGAAAUACUUCCUCGCGUGCUAUGGAUGCUCCUUCAUACCAGCCCUGGUAUAUCUUUUCGUGAACACCAAAAGCCGAGGAAAGAUAUACGGUCCAGCUCUCCUCUGGUGUUGGGUGUCCCCGAAAUGGGACUUUCUCCGCGUGGCAACCCUCUACGGCAUCGUGUGGGUCGCACUCCUCUUCGCCUGGAUCAUCUACCUGAUGGCUUUCCGCAAAGUGUGGAACAACCGCCACCAACUCCAAGGCUUCUUCAACCCCUUCAACGAAAACCCCUUCGAAGGCACCGUCACCACCGAAGUCGACGUCACAACCUACGCCCGCCGCGACUCCGCCCUCAAACCCGCCGGUCACAACACCACCACCGCCCCCGACGCCGAACUCGCCAUCCCCGGCACCGAGCCCGCCCCAACGGCCGGCUUCGACCCCUACAGCGUCAACGUCGAAGCCGCCCCCCCCGCCCCGCCGCACCGGCACCACCGGAGCGACCCCACCGCCUCCGCCGCCCCGGACCUCCUCCGCGUGCGCGCCCUGACCCGCACCGCCGCCCUCCGCGAGACGAACCCCGAAGCCUGGCUCUACGCCCGCGUCGCCUUCCUCUUCUUCGGCGCGCUCCUCCUCUCCUGGGUGCCCUCGAGCGCGAACCGGCUCUACGCCCUCGCCCACCCGGCCCGCUACAGCUUCGGCCUCAACUACGCCGAAGCCCUCGUCCUGCCCCUGCAGGGCUUCUGCAACGCCCUCGUCUACGCCGUCACGUCGCGCUCCGCGUGCCGCGAUCUGUGGCGCUCGGUGGCGGGGACGGGCGGCGGCGGUGGAGGGGCGGUGGGGGGGAAGGCGGCGUCGGGGGGUGGGAAGGCGGGGGAUACGAGGUUGGUGCGGUUUACGGGUCGGAGGACGAGUCGGAGGUUGGAGAGCGAUGAGAGUAGCGUCGCUAGUUUGAGGAGGCAUUGA